AUGUCGAAUGAUAAACUUCCAUUUAUUAAGAUGGAACAAGAAUUACAUCCAGAAAUAGAAUCAAAAGUUAAGAAAGAAGUAUGGGAAGAAAAUGUUCAAGUUGAGCAGAUUCAAAAUGAAAAUCAACCCGAACAAAAACUUGAUCAAUCGAAAGAAAAUAUACAAACGUUAGUUAAAGAGUCAGAAAAUUUUCCAUGUGAUGUGUGUGAUAAAAGUUUUAGUGUGCAAAGUUAUUUAAAUAAACAUAAAAAAAUUCAUAGUGGUGAAAAACCGUUUGCGUGUGAUAUUUGUGAUAAAAGUUUUCCUCGAAAAGCUCAUCUACAAGAACAUAAACUUACACAUUCCAGUGAAAAACAGUUCUCAUGUGAUUUAUGUGAUAAAAAAUUUAAUGUGAAAAAUUAUUUAGAUAAACAUCGACGAACUCAUCUCGAAGAAAAACGUUUUUCAUGUGAUAUUUGUGAAAGAAAAUUUUUCCAACAAUAUCGUUUAACUGAACAUAAACUAACACACUCGAGUGAAAAACCAUUUUCCUGUGAUAUUUGUGCGAAAACAUUUCGAGUGAAAAAAUAUUUAGAAGAACAUCAACGAAUGCAUACGGGAGAAAAACCAUUUUCUUGUGAUAUUUGUGAGAAAAAAUUUACUCGACAGUAUCGAUUACACGAACAUAAAUUAACGCAUACUGGAGAAAAACCGUAUUCGUGUGAUGUUUGUGGAAAAACGUUUUUCGUAAAAAAUUAUUUAGAUAAUCAUCAAUUAAUGCAUACGGGAGAGAAACGAUUUUCAUGUGAUAUUUGUGAGAAAAAAUUUGCUCGAUCACAUCAUUUACAUGAACAUAAACGAAUUCAUACUGGAGAAAAACCAUUUUCGUGUGAUGUUUGUGGUAAAUCGUUUACCACACAAAGUAGUUUAGGGAAACAUAUUCGACUUCAUACCGGAGAAAAAUCUUUUCCAUGCGAGAUUUGUGAUAAAAGAUUUGCUCAAAAAAGUACUUUAAUGCAACAUACAAAAUCACAUACUGGAGAAAAACCGUUUUCGUGUGGUCUCUGCGGUAAAUCCUUUACACGAAGAAAUAUUCUAGCGACACAUCAAAAAAAUACUCAUUUUGUUUCUCAUAAUGAUCAAAUAUCCAAAAAUUUAUGUGUAGAAUGCUCGGAACAAUUACAAGCAAAUUAUAAAUUUAAAUUAAAAUGCAUAAGAUCUGAUAAUCUUUUAAAAGAUUCUGCUGCUGAAACAGAUGUAAAUCUUCCAUCUGAAUCGGAUAGUAUAUAUAUUAUAAUUCAAGAUGAAUCUGAUCACGAACAUAACGAUAACGAAGAUGCAUCUAUGGAGGAAGUAUUUAUUAAAAGUGAACAAAUGGAUUCUGAUUCAGAUUCCAUGACACGAACUAGUUAUCAAUGCGAAGAAUGUGGAAUAGAAUUUCAAUUAGAACAAGAUUUUAUCUCACAUUUGAAAUUUGAACAUGAAAAAGAUACGAGAAAAUGUUUAGGUAAUACUUACACAUGUAAUACUUGCCACAAAGUAUAUUCUUCGGAACAUGGUCUUAAAAAACAUUUAAUCAGCCACGGCCAAUGUAAAUAUUGUGAUCAAAGUUAUGACGAUGAUACAAAAUUACUACAACAUAUCGAGGAGCAUCGUCGAAUUGGAUUUACGUGUAACGAAUGUGGUAAAAAAUUUAAAAAUUUUAAAAUGUCAAACGAUUCACUUGGUGGCGAUCAGAAUUCUUCUUUCCGUAAUGAGGAACACAUCAAAUUGGAACAAGAAUUACAUUCAGAGGUAAUAAUUAAAGAGGAGAUAUCAGAUGAAAAUGAUGAUUUUGAUCAACAGCAAAUUGUGAAAGAGAUAAAUUCAUGCAAUGUUUGUAACAAAACAUUCUCCUCGAAAAGCAAUUUAAAUGCACAUUUACGAAUUCAUACGGGAGAGAGGCCAUUCGAAUGUGAUCAUUGUGAUAAAAAAUUUCGUCAUCAUAGUCAUUUAUUAAGCCACAAACGUACCCAUACGGGAGAACGGCCUUAUUCGUGCGAUAUUUGUAAUAAAACAUUUACUCAACAACAACUUUUUGCUAGACAUAAACGAGUUCAUGCAGGAGAGCAACUUUAUCCAUGUGAUGUUUGUAAGAAGAACUUUAUCAUGAAGAAUAAUCUAAUUAUCCAUAAAAGGAUUCAUUCUGGUGAAAAACCUUUCGAAUGCGUUUACUGCGAUAAAACAUUUUACGCUAAAGGUAAUUUAAAAGUUCAUUUACGAAGUCAUAUCGAGGAAAAACGAUUUUCUUGUGAAGAUAGCUUAGCUGUUAAAAGUCGUUUGAUUGGGGAUAAACGGGUCCGUACGAAAGAAAGAAUUUUUUCAUGUGACGUUUGUGGCAAAACAUUAUCCUCGAAAAGCAAUUUAAAUACACAUUUACGAAUUCAUUCGUGGGAGAGGCCAUACAAAUGUGAUAUUUGUAAUAAAGAAUUUUAUCAACGUAGUCAUUUAGUAAGCCAUAAAUGGACCCAUACGAAAGAACGGCCUUAUUCGUGUGAUAUUUGUAAUAAAACAUUUACUCAACAACAGCUUUUUGCUAGACAUAAACGAUAUCAUGCAGGAGAGCAACUUUAUCCGUGUGAUGUUUGUAAGAAGAAUUUUAACAUGAAGAAUAAUCUAACUAUUCACAAAAGGAUUCAUUCGGGUGAAAAACCUUUUGAAUGUGAUUACUGUGAUAAAGCAUUUAACACUAAAGGUAGUUUAACAGUUCAUGUACGAGGUCAUAUAAAGAAGAAACAAUUUUCUUGUAAAGUUUGUAAAAAACGAUUUGUUCAAAUACAUAAACUGGAUAAACAUAAACAAACUCAUAAAGAUAAGAAACUUUAUUCAUGUGUGACGAUUAAAUUUAAUGAUUUCGAAUUGAUUUGUCGAAUUUGUUUAGAACAAGUAGACAAUUUAAUUCCAAUAUUUACAAAAGUAUCUUUUGAUUCAAAAACAUACGGUGACAUACUAGAGGAAUGCACUUCAACUCAUAUUUCUUCGGAUGAUUUGCUACCUAAAAAUAUAUGCAUCGAAUGUUCUAAAUACACGGAACAAAGUUAUAAAUUUAGAAAUAAAUGUUUAACUUCUGAAAAAAUAUUACAAACGGUUAUCGAUAAUUUACAAAUCAAUAAUGAACAAUCCUUGAAAACUGAAACUAUAAAUGAGAUUAAUGAAAAUACGAGGACUUACGAAAGUAAAGAUUACCCAAUAAACGAUAAACAGACUAAAACGAACUGUAAACGGUUGAAUAAAAACGAUAUAACACGGUAUCAAUGUGAAAAUUGUUCGGAAAACUUUCCGUGUGUAAUUGAAUUGUACAAACACAAUAAAAAUAUCCAUUUAAAUACAACAAUACAAUGUCCAUUUUGUAAAAAAAAGUUAACUUCGUUAAAUGUACUAAAAAAUCAUUGUACGGAGUCGAAUCGUUGCCAGAUAUGCAUGGAAGAUUGUGGAUGUCGAAAUAAUUUACUCAAACAUAAGAAAACUCAUAAAAUGUGUAAUAUUUGUGGCAAAAAAUUUCAGUACGCUUAUCAAUAUGCGAAACAUAAAAAGAUUCAUUCUGGAGAAAGAUCACACCUGUGUCCUUAUUGUGGAAAAGCAUUUACUGAAUAUGGAAAUGCACAAGAUCAUAUACGAAUUCACACUGGUGAAAAACCAUACCAUUGUACGCUGUGCGAUUCUAAAUUUAGAGUUAGUUCUGGUUUAAAAGUUCAUUUACUUUCACAUUCGAAUGAAAGAAACUUUACGUGUGAAACAUGUAACGCUUCAUAUAAAAAAUUAUCGGAUUUAAAGAAUCAUAUGGACAUCCAUAAGAAUAUACAUUUUGAUUGCAAUCUCUGUGAUAAACAAUUUAGAACUAAACCACAAUUAUUAGGUCAUCGUCGUGUACAUAAAGCUGAACGAAAACAUGUUUGUACAUAUUGUGAUAAACGAUUUUUGGUAAAAGAUAAUUUAAUUAUGCAUAUACGAACACAUACUGGAGAGAAACCAUUUGCUUGUAGCAUAUGUGGGCGAAAAUUUUCCCAUAGACAAGCUGUUACUAGACAUGAAAAAAUCCAUGCUCAGAAUUCAAUAUCAGAUUCAAAUUGAGCUAAGAAUAAUUCGAACAACCUU